ACCUUACAAAAACACUCAUCUUCCCUCUCUAGAUCUCUCAUUCAUUCUCUCUCUCUUUUUUUUCUCAAACAUAUAUAUAUAUAUAUAUACAAACAGCUAAAAUCUCCAUGAUCAUCUUCUCUGAUCAUAUAUAUAUAUAUAUAUAAUCUCUGUUUUGUUUUCUUCUUCUUCUAAGUUCUAAUAUAAUAUAUUUAUAUCUUUCUAAAGUUCUGAUCAGUAGAGAAAGAUCAUAGCUGUGUACAUAAUUUUUUAUUAAAUUGAAGAAGGAGAAGAAGAAGAUGGGAGAAAUGACAGGAUUCCAAUUGGGUGUGAUUGGGGCUCUGUUCUUGUCGGUGGCAUCCUCUGUCUCCAUUGUUAUCUGCAACAAGGCUUUGAUGACCAAUCUUGCCUUUCCCUUUGCAACAACACUUACAAGUUGGCAUUUAAUGGUAACUUAUUGCACGCUACAUGUUGCCCAUCGCCUCAAAUUCUUCGAUAAUAAACCAAUCGACAUGAAGACCGUCGUACUGUUCGGAGUUCUAAACGGAAUCUCCAUCGGCUUUCUUAAUCUCAGUUUGGGCUUCAAUUCAAUUGGCUUCUAUCAGAUGACUAAGCUUGCCAUCAUCCCUUUCACUGUUCUCUUAGAAACCAUUUUCUUCAAGAAACAAUUCAGCCAGAAAAUCAAACUAUCACUCUUCCUCUUGCUGGUUGGAGUUGCCAUUGCUUCUGUUACAGAUUUGCAGCUCAAUUUUGUGGGAACGGUUCUUUCUCUUCUCGCCAUUGCGACAACUUGCGUUGGUCAAAUUCUCACAAACACAAUACAAAAGAGGCUUAAUGUGUCGUCAACGCAGCUGCUUUAUCAGUCGGCCCCAUUUCAAGCCGCCAUUUUGUUCGUCUCGGGUCCUCCUGUCGAUAAGUUUCUCACCAAUCAGAAUGUCUUUGCUUACACAUAUUCUCCCAUUGUCUUGGGGUUCAUAAUAAUGUCGUGCUUGAUCGCGGUGUCGGUGAACUUCAGUACAUUCUUGGUCAUCGGAAAGACAUCCCCGGUGACUUACCAGGUGUUGGGACACCUUAAAACUUGUUUGGUUCUUGGAUUUGGGUAUACUCUGCUUCAUGAUCCCUUCACGUCCAGAAACAUAGUUGGAAUUCUGAUAGCGGUUUUGGGUAUGGUUUUGUAUUCUUACUUUUGCACACAAGAUAAUCAAAAGAUCAAGAAGCAACUUCCCGACCUCUCACCACCUAAUAAUCAGAACAAGGUGGAUAAAGAAGAUGAGCCAUUUUUGGUGGGGGGAGGACAAGAUCAAGAAAGCCAUGAGGUUAAGAAAUUACAAACUAAGGAUUCACUUGUUUGAUCUAUCAUCAACACUUAAUUGCUUCUAUAGAUCAUGAAUUCUUUCACAUAUUCAAACUAUUCUCUUCUUUUUGAAGAAACCCAUUUGAUCAAGAUCAAUAUAUUGUUCAUGUUUUUUUGUUGGUAA